AUUAAAGCCACCAGUAACAUCUUAUUCACUGCAGCAGCCGUACCUCUGGCCAGUGCAAGCGAAGCACCACCUCAGCGAAUAAACAGCAGCAGCAACACUGCUACUGCCAACGACAACACCAGUACCACGUAUUCGGCCAAAAAAUUGAUCAUGUCCUCAGUACAAACUGAAAAACAAGUUCAGGCACAAUCCAAUAGUGAAGAGAAGCCGAUCUCUUUGGUUGGUAGUCUAAGGAGUCGAGCCAAUACAGCCAAGCCAGUGGUAACGCUGCACAAUACGGUUAAACCGAUCGGGUUGAGCUUGAACGAUAACGACAGCUUGAAGACGCCCACAGUGCUGGGCACUACUGAUGUGACGUUGAGAACGCCGACCAUUCUCGGCUCACCCACCAAAGGACCGCUGUCCGCCGUCGGUCAUUCAGAUGAGUUGACAACACCAAGACUCAGCCUGAGUGCCUACUCAACACCGAACACACAAGCUCAAGCCUUUUUCGGUGAACACGAACCCUUACUGACAGGCACAACGUUGAGUAAUAACUGCUCAUCCUCAAGCGGAACAGCAUUGAAUACACACACCGAAAAUAAAGACUCCAAAACGACCAUCACCAUUAAAGGCAAUAUAAGUACGAGCAUAAGUACGUUCGGCACGCAGAACGUUAAUUCACCAGGUUUAAGUGCUACAAUGUUUCAGUUCUCGCCGCUUGUUGAGCACUUUCUUCAGUCCAUCACUAAAACCCAACAGACCAACUCCAAUUUACCGUUACUCGUUCUCGACUCGAACGCCAAAACACCGAGCGCUACCGAUACUCCGGAUCUGUUCAAGGUGCUACAAGACAAGAAGGAUGUGACCCCGAUUCCUCACCACCAUCACACACAACCGUCCACAUCUCAGCCUUCCAUGUCCUCUCAACAGCAAUCACCCCAGUUGGCCACUGACUACCUUCAACUGAAUCGCACCACUAAUGACUCAACAACGCGUUCCAAUAAUCCCACUGCACCCGGUCCAUCCGGAGUGCUCGCCCAGAACGGCUUCACAACGGCCACAGCCACUGCUAGUGCCACUUCAUGCCAGGUGCAAGGCGGCCUACAGUACGCUCCUCAAAACACAAACGCAGCCCCACGCCCCGGUACCUCAACCAAUCCUCUGAAUCUGUCCAAUAAUCCGACUCAAGUUCAUAAAUUCCAGAUUCAACAUCCUCCUGGAUCACACCAACACCAUCACCAUCCUCAAGCACACGUCAGGUCCGCUAGUGGUUCUGCUGCUGCCUCGAGCACUUCGAGCGGCAACACAGCAGUACUCCAACUUCGACACACAUGUUCUGUAUCGGCCACAACCAGCGGCACCAACAACAACCUACAUCAGCAACACAACAACGACAACAAUAACACCAAUAAUAACUAUAACAACUAUACCAGCAGCAGUAAUCCGUCGACCACUCAGUCGCAAUCUGUUGUCUCCACUGUGGCCCAGCAGCAGCAGCAGCAGGUCAGAUCGUGUCCUCAUGUGGCCAUCGCCUCUUCUUCGGAUACAACUACAACACGACAAACUCAACCUAGCAACACAAACACACAACAGCAACACACAACAGCAUUCCUCUCAAGAGCAUUCUAUCCCGUUUUCAGAGGCGAUUUCCAGCCCAAAAUUGAGCCUAUUGAUGACUAUUAUCAGUCAGCGUUGUCGUUCGCUCAACCCACUUCGAUGUUUCAACCAGGUCCGAUGAGCUCACCAGACAUAUCAGGAUUCACACCGGACAAAAACCCUUCCAGUGUCGCAUCUGUAUGCGAGCAUUUUCACGAAGUGACCAUCUCACCACCCACGUUCGUACACAUACCGGUGAAAAGCCAUUUAGUUGUGAAGUUUGUGGGCGCAAAUUCGCUCGAUCCGAUGAACGUAAACGACAUACCAAAGUUCAUUCUAAACAGAAGGUCGCCACGAAGAUCCACUUCAUCUACUAACAAUAACGUUGAUAUGAAUACGGCAUCGAGUCGAAGUAUGCCCUCACAACAACAACAAUUCACCAAGAUCGUGAAUUAA